GCCAUUAGAAGAAGAAGAAGGCAUAUCAUGUGAUCUACCAUUACGGAAAUGGUCUGGAAUAAAUAAACCGAGAAACUAGUCAGCUAGCCAGGUCAAAUACAUCAUCAUUUGAAAAUAAGUUACACUAAUGUAGGUGUGUUCGAGAAGUUUAGCUAUAUAUAUGAAAUAUCAUGUCUUCAAGCCAUGCCAAAGUCGCGGUUGGUGUAUCCAAAGACUCGAGUUUUUUGGGAGGAAGGAUACCAUCGGAAAUCGAAAUCAUGGCUAAACAGCUGAAGGAUUUAGACCAAGAAAUGUUUAGAAAAAUACUGAAAGGUUGGUUAUUAAAUUGCAUGCCAUUAACUUAGGUAUAUUGUUAAAUUAAUUAGUUUCCAUUUCUCUCUCUCUCCCCGGUUUGUCCACACACACACGUUAACCAUUUUGACAUCACUUUUCUUGUGUCUAUUCCCAGCGGUGGUGAAUGCUAUUGAGGGCAAGGACUGCAGAGAAGCAAUGAAGGCUAUUGCGGAAAAUGCUGCCCUCCCUGAAGAACGGUUGAGUUAUGUUGUGGCUGGAAUGUACAGACUCCUAAAAGAGGCAUUACGUAUCCCCACAUCAUCUUUAAAACAAGAGGUAAGGAACUGGUUGUUGUUAUGUUGUAUUAAAACCAUACUCUCAUACACAAUGCUCAGGUUGGAUUUCUAGACAACGUCUGAUUUCAUGACUCCUUCAUAACGUCUACAAUAAAAUGUUUUACCUCUUCUAGGUCUUCAAAGAAGAUCUAAGGGAACUAAAGUAGGUUCUUCCAUGUGUCACCUUCAGCACCUCAUCACAUCUCAAAGCUGUGAAGCAUCACAGUUUAUCUUGCCUAUAUCAAGGAAUUUAACAACUACUUACAAUAGGCCAGGGAUCAUCAACUAGAUUCAGCCACGGAUGGUAGGGGGCCUAAUUACAAAUAAUUUGUAGACCGUAAAUUGUCCGCAAGAAGCCCAAACAGAUAUUUGACCAAAACAUAAUCAUUUCAAACCCUGCUUGUAUUUAUAUACGAUCACGUGUCUCUCUGUUUUUACAGUCUAUUAUUUGCUCAGAGAACUUAGGGGGCCAAAUAAAACCACCCACGGGCUAAAUUCGUCCUGCGGGCCGCCAGUUGGGGAACCCUGCAAUAGGCAAUCCAAGAACCCCAUAAUUUGUUUAUAACAGAAGGAGCUGGCAGUAUAUUAGAUCACACACAUUACAAAAUGUCAGUGUGUAAAUGACCCCAAAGGUUUUUUUGUGUUUUUUUUUGUUGCAUUUAUCGUAAUAUGAAACACUGACUAUACACUUGGCAGUCUACAUUAUUCAAAGCAAUGAUUCAUACUGUACCAUCAAAAUAUUAUAUGGAAAUGUUUUGAAUUGUUUUCAGCUGACAUUCCAUUCUUUCAUUGUAGGAUAGCUGAGGAAUUCAUCAUAGACUUUGCAAGUGUGGUGUUUGGCAAUCGGUAUGUUGACUGUUAUGGCUUAACAUUAGCCUAUAGUCCCACAAUUAAUUUUGUUGUUAUACAGUGCAUUCGGAAAGUAUUCAGACCCCUUCCCUUUUUCCACAUUUUGUUACGUUACAGCCUUAUUCUAAAAUGGAUUAAAUAGAUUUAUUUCCUCAUCGAUCUACACACAAUACCCCAUAAUGACAAAGCAAAAACAGGUUUUUAGAAAUGUUUGCAAAUGUAUUCAAAAUAAACAACAUAAAUACCUUAUAUACAUAACUAUUCAGACCCUUUGCUAUGAGACUCGAAGUUGAGCUCAGGUGAAUCCUGUUUCCAUUGAUCAUCCUUGAAAUGUUUCUACAAUUUGAUUGGAGUCCACCUGUGGUAAAUUCAAUUGAUUGGACAUGAUUUGGAAAGGCACACACCUGUCUAUAAGGUCCCACAGUUGACAGUGCAUGUCAAAGCAAAAACCAAGCCAUCAAGUCGAAGGAAUUGUCAGAAGAGCUCCGAGACAGGAUUGUGUUGAGGCACAGAUCUGGGGAAGGGUACCAAAGAAUGUCAGCAGCAUUGAAGGUCCCCAAGAAGACUGUGGCCUCCAUCAUUGUUAAAGGGAAGAAGUUUGGAACCACCAAGACCCUUCCUAGAGCUGGCCGCCCGGCCAAACUGAGCAAUCUAGGGAGAAGGGCCUUGGUCAGGGAGGUGACCAAGAACCCGAUGGUCACUCUGACAGAGCUCCAGAGUUCCUCUGUGGAGAUGGGAAAACCUUCCAGAUGGACAACCAUCUCUGCAGCACUCCACCAAAUCAGGCCUUUAUGGUAGAGUGGCCAGACGGAAGCCACUCCUCAGUAAAAGGCACACGACAGCCCGCUUGGAGUUUGCCAAAAGGCACCUAAAGGACUCUCAGACCAUGAGAAACAAGAUUCUCUGGUCUGAUGAAACCAAGAUUGAACUCUUUGGCCUGAAUGCCAAGCGUCACGUCUGGAGGAAACCUGGCACCAUCCCUACAGUGAAGCGUGGUGGCAGCAUCAUGCUGUGGGGAUGUUUUUCAGCAGCAGGAACUGGGAGACUAGUCAGGAUCGAGGGAAAGAUGAACGGAGCAAAGAACAGUGGCCCAGCCAGAUCCCGGACUUGAACCCGAUCGAACAUCUCUGGAGAGACCUGAAAAUAGCUGUGCAGCGACGCUCCCCAUCCAACCUGUCAGAGCUUGAGCGGAUCUGCAGAGAAUAAUGGGAGAAACUCCCUAAAUACAGGUGAGCCAAGGUUAUAGCAUCAGACCCAAGAAGACUUGAGGCUGUAAUCGCUGCCAAAGGUGCUUUAACAAAGUACUGAGUAAAGGGUCUGAAUACUUAUGUAAAUGUAAUAUUUUAUUUUAUACAUUUGCAAAAAUGUCUAAAAACCAGUUUUUGCUUUGUCAUUAUGGGCUAUUGUGUGUAGAUUGAUAAGGGGGGAAAAACAAUGUAAUCAAUUUAUGAAUCGGGCUGUAACGUAACAACAUUUUGAAAAAAAUCAAGGGGUCUGAAUACUUUCCGAAUGCACAAAAUGACAAACUUCAUGAAAAGGUUAUUUAUUUCUUAAACUAAAAUCCAGGUUUUCCAGCACUUAAGUGGUGGGUUUAUUGUGCACAGAGAAACCUGUGGUGCUGACUCUGUGAUUGUGUAUCAGCUCACUGUCCCUUGCUUUCACUGUGGUUGUUUUCAGACGAACAACACUGGAGGCAGUGACUAUGCAGCAGGGGCCUCGAUUACCCUCCCUUAAGGAUUUUAGAUGGAGAGUGGAUGUGGCCAUUUCAACAAGGUACACUAUAAUUUCUUCACUAUAACAUAGGAGGGUCAACUUUUUGAAGGAGAAAUUGAACAGAGAGAAUUAAACUGAGAAAAUAUUGUGAGAACUGUAAAUGUCCAUGAAAUGCAUGCAGUGUUAUCAUUAUAUAGUAGUACAAUAAAUGGUUUGAUAAAUAGUAAACACAUUUCAUUAUUGUGUAGUGAGAAUUUAAAAAUAAAACAUAAUUGCUUAAAGGCUCUGAUUUAAUAAUACAUGCAUCACAUAGUCUGUUGUUUUCUUGGAAGCUCCCUAGCUCGUGCCUUGCAGCCCUCCAUUUUAAUGCAGAUGAAGCUCUCAGAUGGAAAGGCCCAUCGCUUUGAGGUAAAAAUACUGUAACAACUUGCUGGUUAUGGCUUUGAUAUGCAUGUCUCCUCACAACUGGCUUACAAGGGUGAGGUUGAUUUUAAGUUUGUCUAAUGCAUAUAAAGAUUGUUACGUGUAAUUACUCAGCCUGUAAUUAUGUAGGCUUAUCACAGUUGUAAGUAGGUUACUAUGUAACAGUGUGUCCCUGCAUUAUACAACUGUAGCGACGACAUGGUUUAGACUAGAGAAUAUGGUUAACAUCUGUUUGAGACUAUCAACAUCUUAUGGUGAAGGAUUAUGAUAUAACUGUCUGGUAUUUCCAACACUUCCCUCAAACAUAAAUAUUGUACUGUGUUCAAACAAGCGAUCAGACAUUGCAUUUAUUCCAUAGUCCAUUUGUAUGACAGAGCUUGGUAUCAGCAUUCAUAGUGUUAAUAAGUGUUAUUUCCUUCAAUACAAUUUGGUAAUUUAAAGGUAGACUCAGCGAUAUGACCUAGAUGCAGAAAGAAAACAGCAUAGUUGAUCAAUUUCUACAACAACUAAGAGCGUUGAAGCGCGAGGCUCAACUUCUCCGCUGUUUUGGUCCCGUGGCUACCAUGUUGUAAAAGCGUGAAGCGAACCCGUGCACAUGCGCAGAUACUGUGUGAUGGCGAAGUUGUGCAUCUCACUCAUCGCAGUAUCUGCGUGCUGCUUUUGUUUCUCUCUAGGUGCCUGUUUCCAAGUUUCAAGAACUCCGGUACAACGUUGCGCUUAUUCUUAAAGAGAUGAAUGAUCUGGAGAAGAGAAGCGUUUUGAAGAUUCAAGAUUAACUGAGCAUGUCAGUAAGGUUAUUAAAGGCCAGUAAGUGGUUUCAUCAGGCAGGGUUUCUGCCAUAAAACGGAUUUAUAUCAUUUUGACAUGUCAUGUGUAGAUAUUAAAUAUGAUCAAUUGUACAAAAA